GGUGCGAUUCGAAUGUCGGGUGAGAUUCUCUCGCGCAAACGUUCGUUGGUAGCGUUGUCCCUGUCACAACGGAUGUUUUUCAAUUCGGCGAGACGCGAGAGCGCGAAACGAUUGUUGUCGGCAUUUUAAUGCGAAGGGUAAACGUGAUUAAAGUAAGUUUUGAAAUAGUUGGUUAAGCGAAGGACGCGACGACGAGGAUGUCAACGUCUCUGUCGAUUUUAGCGAGCCACGACGAGCUCGUACGCUGCACGAAUGUCCUUGUCAACGGUUCUUGCGAAGGAGAAUUCCUUCAGUUUGCUAUUAAUCAAGAAGAAAUGAGACAAAAAUGGCUGGCUUCUGUACAAGAAUGUCAGCGCUUACACUCGACUUUAGAAAAGGCUCAUCACGAAGCAGCUGAUUUGGAUCGUAAACUUAGUCAUGCCAGAAGAUUGUUGGAUGAGGAGAAGAGAAGAAGGAGGCUUGCGGAAGAGCAACGUAAUUCAUGUGAGCGACAGAUUACAUUAGUCAGAGAUCUGUUAUUAAACGAUGGAGGUAGAAAUCUAAAUGAUGAAACUAGAGAAAAGCUGCAAUUUCUAAAUAACACAACUCUCAAUGGGCGACAUAAUUCAAUCCACUCAAAAGAUCCACUUCAAGACAAACUAAAUACAAUAACGGAGCUGGACUCCACUGGUUCGCUGCUGAGCGACCUUAGCUGCUUCUCCAAAUCCGAGGACGAUCUGGAUACGAGCAUUAUACUCCAACAGAAUCAGAAAAAGCGGGAAUGGAAGGAACAUCGACCUAGUGGAGAAUAUGUGAUUAAAAAGAAACGCCGCAGUGCCUUGCAGAAAACCGUCGAACUGAACAACUCAGACAGGAUAGUGGCGACGACGACGGUAGUGAUGCCAAAGGAGGGCACGAUAACCGCUUCGUCAGUUAUCGAAACCAUACCUGCAGAUGAAAAUAAAGAUCCUCAGCAAAAUUCCUCGGUACAAAGCAGCUCUCGUAAAAGGCGAAAGAGCGGCGAACGCAACAGUAAAUCGAAGAGCCAAGAUGUAACACCCACUCCAUCAGCGCCAAAAGCAGAGACAGUGUCGUCUAAUUCUGAUUCUGAAAAUGUAUUUAAGCCUAGUCCAAAUAUUGGUGGCUAUACAAUAAAUUCUAAAUCUUCAAGAACUCAUAGUUUUAUUGGAAAGACCGUUAUAAAACCCGAAAUCUGCAUCCCAUGUGGUAAAAGGUUACGCUUUGGUAAAGCCGCCAUUAAAUGUAAAGAUUGCAGGGCAGUAAGUCAUUUAGAAUGUAAACAUCUUCUGCCACUUCCAUGCAUUCCUACAGGAAAUACGCCCACUCUUCGCGGAAUAUCGGGAACAAUAGCUGAUUACACACCAAUAAUCCCACCAAUGGUGCCAUCCCUCGUCGUACACUGCAUAAACGAAGUCGAGCUCCGAGGCAUGAUGGAACAGGGCCUGUACCGCGUUAACGGCGGCAUGGCCGAGGUCAAAUGUCUGAAAGAGAAAUUUCUGAAAGGUCGAGGUGCGCCAAACUUAUCGGAAGUUGACGUCACCACGAUCUGCUCGACUCUCAAGGACUUUUUACGCACCUUAAAGGAGCCACUUAUUACCGUCGGCCUUUGGGCUGAUUUUGCCCGAGCGACUUUCAUCGCAGAUAAGCAGGAUGCCGACGCGGCAUUGUAUCAGGCUAUCUCGGAAUUACCGCAGCCCAAUCGAGAUACACUCGCCUUUCUAAUAUUGCAUUUGCAGAGAGUCUCCAGCACCCCAGAAUGCAAAAUGCCCAUCACCAAUCUCGCCAAGGUUUUCGGACCUACUUUGGUUGGAUACAGCUGUCAACAUCCAUCACCUUCGUCAAUGCUUGCAGAAACGAAAAAUCAAGUAGCCAUUGUUGAAAAUUUACUGAGGAUACCAUCGGAUUAUUGGGCAAACUUUGUCAAUCCUGAGCAUCUGAGUGAUAUCGGUACACCAAAGCAUUCGGAACUAAGACAUACACCAUCCACGGAAUCCUUGUUAAAGCGUAAUGCUUCGCGAGGAUUCUUUCAUACUCCACUUAGCUCGUCAAAAUCGUUCAUGAGGAAGAAUCGAAAAUAUUUUGCAACUCCACCAUCAAAACAAAUUUAUUGACAAAAUUGAUUGUAAUUAGAUAUAAAAUUAUUUU